GUUUGUUAUAAGUACUCGAUUUGAGGGAUUCUCUACGAAUAUAGCAAGUAUGCUGGACCGACCAACACCGUAUUUAUUGCUACUCUUUCUGUGCGGCAAGGUUCUUGCUAAUACUGCAGUAUUUAAUCCGUGUGCUUCACAAGCUGCGCUAUCGGAGACUGAAGCCCACAAAGUGAUGGAGAGCUGGCCAGAUCCCCCAAUCGAUCGGGCGCACAAGUGCUAUCUAACGUGCGUCCUCUUGGAUUUGGGACUGGUUGAUCAAAACGGGGAUGUGCAGAUCGACAAGUACUUGAAAUCCGGAGUUGUGGACUGGCGGUAUGUGGCAUUCGAGUUGAUAAAUUGCCGCAUAGAAUUCGGUGACGAGAGGGAUCUGUGUGAGCUGUCGUAUGGACUCUUCAACUGCUUCAGGGCGGUGAAGCUAGCGGCCGAAUCGAAUUCUUCACUUAGUAAUGCAAAAUAG